AAUUUUAGAUAGAACAACAUUCUGUGGUAUUGGCCUCUCGCUAGACUCGGCUAUAGAAAAUUGAAUGCUGCCUGAUUCCUAUAGAUUGAUUUUCGUUUCACUGUGAAUAGCAUGGAUAUAUUUUACGGCUAGCUGUUGUGUGAUUGAAAGAUUAUAUAUUUUUAGAUAUAGAUCUUAGGAUAUAUUUGUUUAUAUCAAUCUUUGUGUUUACUUCUAAGUAAUUGUUUACUGUGAAGGCAAUCAGGAGAAAUACAAUUAAAGUAAACAAUACUUCAGUAUUUAUAAAUUGAAUAUUGAAUAAACUGAAUAGUGUAGUUAUAAAUACUUGUAAAGCCAUAUAAAAAAUUAAUUUUUGAGAAAAUUUUCUAAGUGAAAUAUAAUGGAAAAAGGCUAUACUUAUAUUUUUAUCUGGAAAAACAAAUAGAGCUGGAGUAUCAUAAUGCGGCUAGUACUUUGCCUAGUGAAUGUUAUUCUUGUUUUGUUAAUAUUUUCCUUAUCUACAAGACAUGCAGAAGGGCUCAAGGAUAGGAAUAUUACGAUUGGUGGAAUUUUUCCAAUGUCAGGUAGUUGGGCAGGUGGUCAAGGCUGUUUGCCAGCAGUUCAGAUGGCCCUUGAGGAUGUAAACUUGCGUGAUGAUAUCCUUCCGGAAUACCAUUUAAACAUGGAUUUCGACGAUAGCCAGUGCAUGCCUGGCCUUGGAACAAAAGUAUUAUAUGAACUGCUAUACAACCAGCCAAAGAAAGUUAUAGUUCUGACUGGAUGCAGCAUCGUGUCGACCUUUGUAGCUCAAGCUGCAAAAAUGUGGCAUCUUAUUGUGCUUGCUUAUGGUUCAAGUUCUCCAGCACUGUCAAAUCGAGACCGGUUUCCGACAUUUUUCCGAACACAUCCGUCUGCUACACUGCACAAUCCAACAAGAGUCAAGAUAUUCCAACUCUUUAAAUGGAAAAGGAUCGCAACCAUACAGGAGACACAAGAAGUCUUUACAUCGACAGUUGAGGAUCUGGAAGAGAGAGUCAAGGCUGCGGGGAUAGAGGUAGCUGUUAGACAAAAUUUUCUUACUGAUCCUACAAAUGCUGUGAGAAAUUUAAAGAGACAAGAUGCAAGAAUAAUUGUUGGUGUAUUUUAUGAAGAUAUGGCUAGGCGAGUUUUCUGUCAGGCAUACAAGGAAAAGUUAUAUGGGAAAAAGUACGUUUGGUUUAUCAUUGGCUGGUACCCAAAUAAUUGGUAUAAAGUGGAUGACCCAAGUAUCAACUGCACAUCAGACCAACUGAAAGAGGCUCUUGAAGGACACAUUACAACAGAGGCGGUAAUACUUCAUCAAGAAAAAACAAAAACGGAUACAAACAUGACAUCACAACAAUUCAAAGCGCGUCUAGACGAGCGAUUAAAUGUUUCUGAUACAAGCCAAGUAGGAGGUUAUCCAGAAGCUCCACUUGCCUAUGAUGCAGUCUGGGCUCUCGCUAUUGCUUUAAACAAAACAUCGGAAAGAUUACGUGACAGAGGUCUAAAUAUUGAAGAUUUUAACUACUCAAAUUCGGAAAUAACAGACGAAAUUUACUCAGCAAUGAAUUCAACAAAGUUUGUUGGAGUAUCGGGAAACGUAGCAUUUUCUUCUCAAGGAGACAGAAUCGCUUGGACAAAAAUAGAACAACUUAUUAAUGGUACGUAUUAUACACUUGGCUAUUAUGACCAGAAUUCAGACAAUCUUACAUGGUUGCAUAAAGAAAGAUGGACAGGUGGUCACCCUCCUCCUGAUCGAACGAAGCAAAUGCCAGUUUUACGGGUUGUCUCUCUUGGACUAUUUUUAUCAAUGUGUGGAUUGUCUACCUUUGGAAUAUUUGCUGGUGUCGCUUGUCUGAUAUUUAAUAUAAUCAACAGUAAACGCAGAUGUAUCAUUCAUUCACAUCCACGUAUGAACAGUAUUGUUGUAAUUGGUUGUAUACUCUGCCUUAUAUGUGUCUUCCUACUGGGUCUAGACAGCCGUUUUGUAUCAGAGGAUACUUACCCACUUAUCUGUCAGCUACGAGCUUGGAUAUUAUCUUUUGGAUUUUCUCUUGGAUAUGGAGGAAUGUUUUCAAAAAUAUGGACAGUGCACAGGCUAACUACAUCAAGUAGGCAGAAAAAUAAAAAGGAAGUAAAAAACUGUGAAAUGUACAUUGUGUUAACAGCCAUAAUUCUAAUUGACCUAAUUAUCUUAACAACAUGGCAGGCAAUAGACCCAAUGUAUCGGUCACUUGAAAUGUUUGACCUUGAACCAGCGCCUUCUACAGAGCAUGAUAUAAUGUAUAAACCAUACUUAGAACAUUGUGAUUCUAACAAUAUUUCUAUAUGGCUAGGUGUCGUUUUUGGCCAUAAAGGAAUAUUGCUGUUGUUUGGUAUAUUUUUAUCGUACGAGACACGAAGUGUCAAACUGAAACAAGUCAACGAUUCAAGAUUCGUCGGAAUGAGUAUAUAUAAUGUUGUUGUUUUAUGUGUUAUAACGGUGCCCAUAGUUCUUAUAAUCAAAAGUCAACAAGACGCAUCUUUCGCUUUUGUUGCCUUAGCCAUCAUUUUAUGCAGCUUCCUUUCUUUGGGUCUUAUAUUUGGUCCGAAGGUUAUAGAAAUACUACGUAACCCAAAGAGGAAUCAACACGAGAUCAGGUCAUUGACAGAAUCUGUAGUGGGCAAAGAAGAGGAGGAACGCCAUCAAAAACUCCUCACGGAGAACGGACAACUUCAAGCACAGAUUGCUGAGAUGGAAGAAAAAGUACGAACUCUCAACAGACAGUUAAAGGAAAAAAUGCAAGAACGUAUACGACUGACUACUAGCAAGGGAAUUACCUCUAAUUUGACAGUAGAAACAAAUCGUAAAAGUUCAAAAACUAAACCUUCAUAUUCACCAACACAGGUGCUUGAAAUGAGAACUCCAGAGUGCAUGAUAUCCUCUGAUUAUUACUCGGAUUCUGGAAUACAUACGUGUUCAACAGUUAUUCGCAGUACAAAGAAUUCUCCAUCCGAGAACGAAGUGUAAUUACAAGUGAAAAACGAUAUGCCAUAACAGAUGUAAAAUGGAGCAUACUAUAGUUUGUGUGAAACAAAAUGCAAUAAAUUGUGUGAAAGUAGUUUAAAUAUAUAACGUGUGAAUCGAAGUAUAUUUAAUUAUGUGAUAUAAUUAACAGGUUAGUAAGUGUGACGAAAAUCACUAACAGAACAUAAUAAAAAAUUAUUUUGCCAUUUUCAAUAUAUAUGUUCGCAGUUCUUUCUGCAAUAUAAUUAAAGUUAGUUUGUUUGUCGAAAUGUAAUGGUAAAAAGCAGGAAAUUAGAUAAUGAAUCAAUAAAUUAUUUUAAUAUUAUUUUAAUAUUUAGAUCAUUAUGUCUUUGAAAUUUAUUUGUGCAUCUUUAAUGUACUUGUAUGGUGCGUUUAAUUGUUUUGUUAGCAACUCUAUCAUCUCUUAUCAUGAUAUCAUAAUUACCAUUAAUCGUGUAAAUUUGCUGCUGAAAUCAUGUACAUUACCUGUCCACGGUGUAUUAAAUACAUUGAGUAUUGAAUUAAUAAGAAAUAAAAUAUGAAAUU